AUGCGCCAUCAUCUCACUGAGGUACUGAGAAAUCAGUAUCUACAUAUUGAGAAUCCUCAUGACCUUUGGACAGAAUUAAAGUCCAGAUACACUAUAGUGUUAUUACCAAAGGCCAGACACGAUUGGAUGAGUCUCAGAUACCAAGACUUUAGGUCUGUGGCCGAGUACCAUUUUGCUUUGAUCAGAAUCGUGUACCAACUGAGACUGUGUGGUGAAGUGGUAACAGAUGAGGAUGUAUUGUUCAAGGCAUACUCCACAUUCCAUCCAAGAGACCUGUUAUCGAAACAUAUCUAUAGAGAAAGAGGUUUCACCACGUACAAUGACCUGGUUUCUUGCCUAACGGUGAUUGAGAAUGACAAUGUAUUAAAGAGGAGUAGUGAGAUGAGAUACCCUGAUACAAAUAAGACUGAUAUGGAUCAGAAUGAAUCCAAGGGAGUCGUGUCCAAUAUAACUCAAGGAGUGGCCGGCAUGUCUUUUGACUAA